UUAUAAUUAUUAUUUUUUCUCACACCUUUUUUCCCCUCCACACCAUGUAGAUAAGCUUCUGAAAGUUAUUUAUUGCGGCCUUGCGGGUAGUAAGCACCAAACAAGCAGCAACGGAUUCUUCUUCUUCAGCAAAUUCAGGUAAAGAUAGCUGUGAUUAUUGUAGUGUAGUGAGGUAUUGGAAGAGACAUUCAUGAUUAGAAGAAUGGCUCUCCAGUGUUUCUGUUUUGGUUGUUCGAAGAAGCACUCAAGUUCAUCUAAGAGGCCUUACCAAACAACAGUACUAGAAGAGUUAUUCCAUCAUUUUUCUCUCGCUGAUUUAAGGAAAGCAACCAAUAACUUCCAUGAAAAUAAUUUAAUUGGAAGAGGAGGCUUUGGCAAAGUUUAUGAAGGUUGUCUUCAACUUGAUCAUGUUGCUACAGCAGUAGUAGCAGUGAAGGUAAAGAGUAUACAUAUAUAUUAUAAGCCGAAGGAGUUCAAGAACGAAAUUGAGUUGCUCUGCCAACUCCGUCAUCCUAAUUUGAUAUCUCUGAUCGGAUUCUGCGUCCAUAAAGACAAGGAGAUUAUCGUGUACGAGUACAUGUCCAAUGGUUCCCUCGCUGAUCGCCUAUUCGAAAGCGAUGCAAGGGAACCACUGUCAUGGAAGAAGAGGCUUGAGAUCUGCAUAGGAGUAGCGCGUGGGUUGCACUACCUUCACUCGGGACUCAAACGCACCAUCAUUCACCGUAACAUCAAACCCGCUAACAUUCUUUUGGAUGACAACAUGGAACCUAAAAUCUCUGAUCUCGGGAUUUCUGUACAGGGAGCGUUGUUCACAGAAAAACCAAAACCAAUUCAAGUACGAGCAAAAGAAACCUUUACAGGCUUUUCCGGUCCACUCGAUUACAUCUCCCCUGAACAUUUAUACCAAGGCACCGUGACGGAUAAAUGCGAUGUUUAUUCAUUUGGUAUUGUUCUAUUAGAAGUGGUAUCUGGAAAGCCGGUUAAUGCCAUUAGGAAUGAGAUGCCUGGUUCCCAGCAGCCACCAAAUGAAGAAAUAGAAAUGUCUAAUAAUGGUUCAGAAUCUUCUUCAGAUGAUGAUCAUAUUUCUAUGUAUUGGGAUUCUUACAUUAUGCUAAGGCUUCGAGCAGAGGACAUUGAUCCGGCUCUGGUAGGAAAUAUUGCACCACAAUGUUAUGCAGCAUACAUCGAUAUCAUUGACAGGUGCUUGAAGGAUGAACCAAAUGAACGACCAAUAAUGGGCGAAGUGGAGGUGCUACUUGAGCAUGCGCUGACUUUGCAACUGGAAGCAGAUGCCACAGAUACUAGUGAUCAUGAUUACCUCUCAUUAUUCACCACCAUUACCUAACCACAACAACCACAGAUGCCAAUUUCAGCUUAGAACAUGUUGAUGCCUUGUUGGUUUGGCUGUCUCAUAUCAGAUCAUGUUAUUUUUUGUACUUAUCACAUGACUUUUUCGUGUGUUGUUAGCAAAAUUGCUUAAUCAUGUAUGUUGCUGAAGCCUUUAAUUUUAGUUCAAAUGGAAAUAUUAUUGUUCCUUUCCAAA